CCCGCAUCGGGAAAAGCGGGAGCUGUCGUGAAAAGCUCAACAUCUUCCGGAAGUAAUGCUAAUGCAGUUCCAGAUGCGAAAAGAAAAGCUGCGGCUAGUCCUAAAAAACUAACUCAAGUUCAUCAUUCGAGUUUGACAACUCCUGCUGGUGGAAAAGCUGCGCCAAUGAUGAAGUUGGUUCAACC